UGCUUAAGAAAAAGGUAUACACAAAAACCAUGACUAGAGUUUCAACUUAUUGUGAUAAACUAUGCUUUCUAGCUUUCCUUAUCUUGUAUCUUCAGCUAGCUUCAUCACAAAAAAGUGUUUUUGCUUCUGCCAAUUCCACUGAAGCAGAAGCACUUCUCAAAUGGAAAGCUAGCUUUCAAAACCAAACCCAAAACGACCUGACCUCAUGGAUGAAUGCAAAUGAAGCCCCAUGCAAUACUUGGAUUGGAGUUUCAUGCAACUCAGCUGGAAGUGUCAACAGAUUAAACCUCACCAAUUCUGGUAUACAAAGUACUCUACUUGAAUUUCCUUUCAUGUCCUUGCCUAAUCUUGCAUAUGUUGAUCUAAGCUACAAUGAACUUUUUGAUCAAAUCCCACCUGAGAUCAGUUCCCUCACCAAACUCAUCUAUUUUGAUGUAUCCUACAAUCAAAUGUCUGGAAAAAUCCCACCUGAAAUCGGUCUUUUAACAAGUAUUCAGGUCCUUCACCUAAAUGCAAAUAAUUUCAACGGCUCAAUUCCUCAAGAAAUAGGCCAACUUAAAUUUGUCUAUGAGCUAGCUCUAAACUUAAACAAUUUAGAGGGUUCAAUUCCAGCUUCUGUGGGUAAUUUGAGCCAAUUGACUUCUUUGUUUCUCUUCGGAAACCAACUUUCGGGUUCUAUUCCUCCCGAAAUAGGAAACCUUUCGAAAUUGGUUGAAGUUGACCUGUUUGACAACUAUUUAUCAGGUCCAAUCCCUCUGAGUUUCGGAAACUUGAAAAAUCUAACCAUCAUGAUGUUGUACAACAAUACCCUUUCUGGUUCUAUGCCAACUUCUUUUGGCAAUUUGACAAACCUUGUUUAUCUCUCUCUCUACGGUAAUAAACUUUCCGGCACCAUUCCUGAAGAGAUUGGAAACUUGAAAUUUGUUGAGGAAGUACACCUGGCUGCUAACCGAUUUUCUGGUUAUUUGCCUCGAGAUAUUUGUAGUGGUGGACUGCUACAAAGGUUUACCGCAGAAAACAACGAAUUUACAGGUCCAGUCCCCAAAAGCUUGAAGGGUUGCAAGAGCUUAGUCAGACUCCGUCUUCAAGGGAACCAACUUAAAAGCAAUAUAUCUGAAGACUUUGGUGUCCAUCCGAAUCUUCAGUUUGUAGACCUAAGCCACAACAACUUAUAUGGUGAAAUCUCAGACAUCUGGGGACAGUGUCCAAACUUAACAACCCUACGAUUUGCAGGGAACAACCUUACUGGUAGCAUACCAUCUGAGAUUGCCAAUGCAACUAAAAUUCAAGAACUUGAUUUUUCUUCGAAUCAUCUGGUUGGGGUGGUUCCCAAGGAUUUGGGGAGAUUGACUUCUAUGGUGAAUCUAAAGUUGAAUGGCAAUCAACUUUUGGGUUCUAUACCCUCAGAAUUUGGAGCAUUCACUGAACUGGAAUAUCUUGACGUGUCCACCAACAAGUUGAAUGGCUCAAUUCCAAGCAUUUUUGGCGAAUUGAUCAGUUUAAACUACUUGAAUUUGAGCAACAACAAUUUCAGUCAAGAAAUUCCAUUUCAGUUGGGGAAUUUAUUUCACCUGUCACAGUUAGAUUUAAGUCGUAACUCACUUGACGGCAAGAUACCAUCAGAAAUUAGCAAUAUGCAGAGCUUGGAGCGGCUGAAUCUUUCCCACAAUAAUCUUUCCGGUCUCAUUCCGGCAACGUUUGAUGGAAUGCGUGGCUUGUCGUACAUAGACGUAUCCUACAAUCACUUGCAGGGUCCCAUCCGCAACAACAAAGCAUUUCAAGAUGCUCACAGCUUUGAAGGGAAUGAAGGAUUGUGUGGAAAUUUUGUAGGUCUAGAAUCCUGCAAUAAGCACGUCUCAAAAAGAAAAAACGAAAGAAAACUCGUGUUUGCAAUCGUUUUCCCUAUCUUGGGAGCAGUUUUACUUGCUCUCCUUGCAUUUGUCUUCAUCAAACAAGAAGAAAGAAAGAGCCGGGAACAGAAAAGAGUGAUAUCCAUGAUGAAAUUUUUUCACUCUCUCUUUUUGAUGGAAAAAAAUUGUAUUGGGAGAUCAUAAGAGCAACCAAUGGUUUUGACUCCAUAUUUUGCAUUGGGAAGGGAGGAUCUGGAAGUGUCUACAAGGCAAAGCUACCAUCAGGCAGCAUAUUUGCAGUGAAGAAA